UUAAAAAAAGCAUGAAUGCGUUCAAUUCCAUGACAAAGGAGCUAAAAAGGCAGGGUAAAGCAGUUGUUGAGCAUCACCCCCCAAUCAAUGACGACGACCUGGAGACAUUGUAUGCUUACCUGUCAAGUGAUAGGGAAUCUAGGCAGCUACUACAGUACAAUGUCUUUGUCGACUUGAUGCUGCAUUUUGGCAGAAGAGGCAGGGAAAAUCUUGCUACCUUGAAAAGAUCUGACUUUGCUGUGACAACGGAUGCUAAGCAUUGUAUGUACGUGUACAAAGACACAGAAGAGAGGACAAAGAACCACCAGGAUGACUCGGACAGGUCAGGAGACGGCAGAAUGUAUGAAAUAAAAGAAAAUGAGAGAUGUCCCGUUAGGUCAUUAUGAAGUAUCUCCGGAUGCUUAACCCACAGAACAACAGGCUGUUCCAAAUGGUGAG